AUGACUCUGACUUCUUCGAAUUCAACAUCGACCUCUGCCACCGCACCAUCACCAAAACGCUCGAAAUCGUUGCAAUUGCAACAGUCAUUGCCACCUAAGAAACCGAGCAAGAAAAAGUCGGCUGAGCAUAACCAUCAGCAAAAGGCUGUGUCGAAACGGCAGAGCCGUAGCGACAGCGAGCUGACGAAAAGUGCGCCAACGAUCCGUACACCACAACGUCGACGACGUUCCAACAGUGCUGCAGUUGUGCGUACCAACUAUGCGGGCCCAGUUUUCAAUAAUGCGCCCGAACCAAGUUCGUUGCCUUUGCCGACCUUUUUUUCUCCUCAACCUCAACGUCUCCAGCCUCCUACCCAUCAUCAUCACCAGUAUCAGCGCCAACCUCAACAAAGGCCACGCACUACCUCGUUCCAUACUAUUGAUGAACAUAAGCCAUACUUUCCUGCUAAAAUGGCCACAGCCCAUCCUCCGUCGGCGUCAGAUCCAUCAUUGAUCGAGCUGCAGCAACGCCUAUGCUCGGUGUUGAAACUUGGUGCUUCACCUUAA